AUGAAAAUUCUACCUAGAUUAGUUGCAUAUGUUAACGUUACAACAAAAACGUUACGUUACAACGAAAACAUCAACAACAACAACAACAACAACAUUGAUAACAACAACAACAACGAUAACAACCACAACAACGAUAACAACAACGAUAACAACAACGAUAACAACAACGAUAACAACAACAGCAACAACAACAACUAUAACUACAACAACAAAGACAUCAACAACAAAAUUGACGCCGACGAUAACACACAAAAGUUUUCCAACAAUUUCGAAAUUAAUAAAUACAGUUUUGACUACCAACCCAUCAAUGAAAAUGAUGACAACAACAACAAUGGUAAUGUUGGAAACAAUGGUAAUGGAGGUAAUGCAGUCAAUAUUAACGUCGAAGUUGGAAAUCCAAAUAUCGCGCCAAAUUCAAUACUCAAUCGAUUUAACAACGCUGGUAUCGACAACCAGACGAGAAGAAAUUGGCGCACCAAUUCAUCACUUAUAUUUGGUCCCAAUAAGAAAGCAUCUAGUCCACACUACACCUGCGACAAAUUUCAAGAUUCUACAAUUUGCUCUAUUUUGACAUCUCUGGCUGGUUUUUAA